UCCCUCGGUGAUGAUGUCACUGGCUCAGUGGAGCUCGAGCAUCCUUGCCAAAGACAGGGAGACAACAGAGCCGUUUCGAUCGCUUCGGCCGAACAUCCCAAGCUGCCUUUCCGUUUUCCUUGAGUCCCCACUGGCAGUCACGGGUGGAGGAAGAGGAGGUACAGGUACAAGGCACCAGCAGGCGGUGACCUCCUCAGCCCUUCAUGGAGAAGGGAAGCUGCUAGCAGGGGCAGUGCCAGACCUGGAGGAGAGCAGCGGUGGUGGUGGUGGUGUCCGCGGAGCUGGACAAUAAAACAGACGAGCACGACAAAUAGAGCCAGUUCACGUUAUUGGCAUUGCCGAGACUUGCAGACCGGCAUUACAGAAAGCACCCCAAGGUGCUAAGAAGACAGCACCAUGGCAGGGGCCUCUGUGAAGGUGGCGGUGCGGGUCCGCCCCUUCAAUUCUAGGGAGAUUGAGAAAGAUAGCAAACUGAUCAUUCAGAUGUCUGGAAACACCACUACCAUCAUCAACCCCAAGCAGGCCAAAGACAACAAGAGCUUCAACUUUGAUUACUCCUACUGGUCUCACACUUCGCCCGAAGAUGUCAAUUAUGCAUCUCAGAAGCAAGUGUACAAAGACAUCGGAGAGGAAAUGUUGCUUCAUGCCUUUGAAGGCUACAACGUCUGCAUCUUUGCAUAUGGUCAGACGGGUGCAGGCAAGUCCUACACCAUGAUGGGGAAACAGGAUGUGAAGGAUCAGCAAGGAAUUAUUCCCCUGCUGUGUGAAGACCUUUUUACAAAGAUAAAUGAUAAUACAGACAACAGCAUGUCCUACUCUGUAGAGGUAAGCUACAUGGAAAUCUACUGUGAGCGUGUGCGGGACUUGCUGAACCCAAAAAACAAAGGGCACCUGCGUGUGCGAGAGCAUCCUCUAAUGGGACCUUAUGUGGAGGACCUGUCCAAGCUGGCUGUCACCUCCUACAAUGACAUCCAGGACCUGAUGGAUUCUGGCAACAAGGCUAGGACUGUGGCUGCCACCAACAUGAAUGAGACAAGCAGUCGCUCGCACGCCGUCUUCAACAUCAUAUUCACCCAGAAACGCCACGACACAGAGAUGGAUAACACUACCGAGAAGGUCAGUAAAAUCAGUUUGGUGGAUUUGGCUGGCAGUGAGAGGGCCGAUUCUACCGGAGCCAAAGGGACCAGGCUAAAGGAAGGAGCAAAUAUCAACAAAUCUCUAACCACGCUGGGGAAAGUCAUCUCUGCUUUGGCAGAAAUGGACUCUGGGCCGAAUAAGAAUAAAAAGAAGAAAAAGACAGAAAGCUUCAUUCCAUACCGAGAUUCAGUUUUGACUUGGCUACUGAGAGAAAAUUUGGGGGGAAAUUCUCGAACUGCGAUGGUUGCUGCUCUGAGUCCAGCUGAUAUCAACUACGAUGAGACCCUUAGCACGCUCAGGUAUGCUGACCGUGCCAAACAGAUUCGCUGUAACGCUGUCAUUAACGAGGAUCCCAACAACCGAUUGGUGCGUGAGCUGAAAGAGGAGGUGUCUCGCCUGAAAGAGCUCCUCUUUGCUCAAGGCCUGGGCGACAUCAUUGAGACAUAUCGAGCGUCUGGUGCUGAUAUCGAGGGUUUGAAAUACAUAUCCGAUUACAAGAACAAUAACAAUAAAGGCCAAGCUGUGAAUCAAAGGGAUGAUCUCUCCACAGUGACCAAUGCCAUGACGGGGAUGAGCCCCUCUCCAUCUCUCUCAGCCUUGUCCAGUCGGGCCGGAUCUAUUGCCAGUCUGCACGAUCGCAUCAUGUUCAGCCCAGGCAGCGAGGAGGCCAUCGAAAGGCUGAAGGAAACGGAGAAAAUCAUCGCUGAGCUCAAUGAGACCUGGGAAGAGAAACUUCGCAGAACAGAAGCCAUUAGAAUGGAAAGAGAGGCCCUGCUGGCCGAAAUGGGUGUAGCAAUGCGAGAAGAUGGUGGAACAGUUGGUGUGUUCUCUCCAAAGAAGACGCCUCAUUUGGUGAACCUCAACGAGGACCCUCUGAUGUCUGAGUGCCUGCUGUACUAUAUCAAAGACGGGAUCACCAGGGUCGGUCGUUUAGAUGCCAGCAGUCGCCAGGAUAUAGUCCUCAGUGGUCACUUCAUAAAGGACGAGCACUGCACCUUCACUAGUUCCACUGGCCCAAUGGGAGAGACAGUUGUCCUUGAGCCUUGUGAAGGAGCUGAGACAUACGUUAAUGGAAAGAGGGUGACAGAACCCACUGUUCUGAAAUCAGGAAAUCGCAUCAUCCUGGGGAAGAGCCACGUCUUCCGUUUUAACCACCCUGUACAGGCCCGGGCUGACAGGGAUAAGAACCCAUGUGCCGAAACCCCUGUUGAGCCUGUGGACUGGGCCUUCGCUCAGAGGGAGCUGUUGGAGAAACAGGGCAUUGACAUGAAGCAAGAAAUGGAACAGAGGCUGCAGGAGCUGGAAGAUCAGUAUCGCAAAGAAAGAGAGGAGGCCAGCAACCUUCUAGAGCAGCAAAGACUGGAUUAUGAAAGCAAGCUGGAGGCUCUUCAGAAGCAAGUGGACCGUUAUAACCCAGAAGGCCCUGAAGAAGAGGAGGAACCGGAAGAAGAAGUGCAGUGGACGGAGAGGGAAAGAGAGCUGGCUGUGUGGAGUUUCCGUAAAUGGCGAUGCUACCAGUUCACCUCGCUGCGUGAUCUCUUAUGGGGAAAUGCCAUCUUCCUGAAGGAGGCUAAUGCGAUCAGUGUCGAACUUAAGAAGAAGGUGCAGUUCCAGUUUGUGUUGCUGACAGACACUCUUUACUCCCCCCUGCCUCCUGACCUGUUGCCCCCAGAGGCAACUAAAGACAGAGAGAAGCGACAAUUCCCACGUACUAUUGUGGCGGUGGAGGUGCAAGAUCAGAAGAAUGGAGCAACUCACUAUUGGACAUUAGAAAAACUAAGGCAGAGGCUAGAUCUGAUGAGAGAAAUGUAUGAUCGUGCUGCUGAUGUGCCCAACAGUACUGUGGAGGACUGUGAAAAUGUGAUGACGGGAGGUGACCCCUUUUACGAUCGCUUCCCCUGGUUCCGCCUGGUUGGCAGAAAUCCCAUUUUCAACACAUGCAUGAGCGAGCGCAUGAGUGACCCCACCCCAUCCCCGACCCUUUCCACCUCUGAAAUUACUGAGCUGGCUGACUCGCAGCGGGAGGGUCGCGGGGAGGAGGAGGAGUUGGAGGAUUUGGACGACCUGGACGAUGAUAUCUUUUUGGACGACCCGAGCUCCGAGCUCGGGGUAGAGGAUGAUGAUGAUGAUGAUGAUGAUGAUGAUGAUGAUGAGAGAGAGCUCUGCCGAGGCUCCAGCGAAGGCCUGGAUCCCUUUUACGACCGCUCACCAUUAUUCAGUGUAGUGGGAAGGGCUUUUGUUUAUCUGAGUAAUCUGCUGUACCCGGUUCCGCUCGUCCAUCGCGUGGCCAUUGUCAGUGAGAAGGGAGAGGUAAAGGGCUUCCUUAGGGUGGCAGUACAGGCCAUAUCAGGUUCUCUGUGUUUCCCUCCAGCUGAUGAGGAGGCUCCCGACUACGGCUCCGGAGUGAGGCAGUCGGGCACUGCCAAAAUCUCCUUUGAGGAUCAGCAGUAUGAAAAGUUCCAGUCAGAGUCCUGCUCUGUAGGACUGUCCCGCACUGGGAUUUCUCAGGAGGAGCUUCGGAUCGUGGAGGGAGAAGGGCAGAACGCAGAGAUGGGGCCGUCAGCUGAUGAAGUCAACAACAACACAUGUGCGGCUGGAUCAGAUGAGGUGGAGAAUCCACUGAAGGCUGGUCUGGAUGGAGCACUCGAUACAACUCUGGAACAUCUCAGGAUCGGUAAUAUUUUUACCUUCAGAGUGACUGUCCUGCAGGCCUCCAGCAUCUCUGCGGAAUAUGCCGACAUCUUCUGCCAGUUCAACUUCAUCCACCGCCAUGAUGAGGCCUUCUCCACUGAACCCCUAAAAAACACAGGCCGCGGCCCUCCUCUCGGCUUCUACCAUGUGCAGAACAUUGCUGUUGAGGUUACUAGAUCAUUCGUGGACUACAUCAAGACUCAGCCAAUUGUGUUUGAAGUCUUUGGCCACUACCAGAAGCAGCCUUUUCUUCCUCUUUGUAAAGAUGUCAUGAGUCCACUACGCCCCUGCAGGAGACAGUUUCCACGAGUGAUGCCUCUCUCCAAACCAGUACCUGCCACCAAACUGACGGCCAUGACCCGUCCACAGGCAGGACCCUGUCACUGUAAAUAUGACCUCAUGGUUUUCUUCGAGAUCUGCGAGCUGGAGGCGAACGGGGACUACAUCCCUGCAGUAGUGGACCACAGAGGAGGAAUGCCCUGCCAUGGCACAUUUCUUCUGCACCAGGGCCUCCAGAGGAGAAUCACCGUUACUAUUGUACAUGAAUCUGGAAAUGACAUAGAAUGGAAGGAAGUCCGUGAGCUUGUUGUGGGACGUCUGCGCAACACGCCCGAAUCUGAUGAGACCAUCAUUGAUCCUAAUAUUCUAUCUCUCAACAUUUUAUCUGUUGGAUAUGUCAGGCCCCUGCACGAUGACAGACAGUUUCUUGAUUCGGACAUGCCUAGAACUUUCUUCCGGUUUGAGGCUGCUUGGGAUAGCUCAAUGCACAACUCCCUGCUCCUAAACCGAGUCACUCCAUACGGGGAGAAGAUCUAUAUGACCCUCUCAGCCUACUUGGAGAUGGAGAACUGCACGCAGCCUGCAGUUAUUACCAAAGAUAUCUGCAUGGUGUUUUACUCUAGGGACACAAAGCUCUCAGCUUCCCGAUCAAUUCGUAACCUUUUCGGUACUGGUAGCCUAAGAGCUGCAGAUGGAAACCGUGUAACUGGAGUUUAUGAGGUCAGCCUGUGUCACCAGGCAGAUGCAGGAAGCCCUGGAAUGCAAAGGAGACGCAGGCGGGUGCUGGACACCUCUGUGGCCUACGUCCGUGGGGAAGAGAACCUGGCUGGAUGGAGGCCACGUAGUGACAGCCUCAUUCUGGACCACCAGUGGGAGCUGGAGAAACUCAGCCUCCUCCAAGAUGUGGAAAAAACCAAACAUUACCUCCUUCUGAGGGAGAAACUAGAGUCCACGCUGCUCAUGGGCCAGGAGACCCUUCAAUCCUGUGUCACCGAUGAGCUGAAUGAGUCUCCUCAGCCUGCUGAGAUGGACCCGGAGGUCAGCUGCAACGAAAUCACCACUGAGAGGCAGAGGGAGCUCGCUGCUAAGUGUUUGCGGCUGCUCACUCACUCCUUCAACAGAGAAUACAGCCAUGUGUGUGUGAGCGCCAGUGAAAGCAAGAUCUCUGAGAUGUCCAUCACAACGUUAAGAGAGUCCACUUCAAUCUCUGCUCUUAACACAAUCACCCCCUCCUCUACAUGCCCUUCACUUGUUGAGGGCUGCUACAGCAAUGCUGGACUCAGACCCCCUGUCCCUCGCUCUCGUGUGGUUAGCUCCGGUCCUGAUGCACAGCAGGACGCAGAGGCCAAGAAGUCCAUCAGCGGAGCCUCUGAAACUAAACCUCAGACCCAGAAGUUUGUCCCAGAUAUCCAGGAGAUUCGAGUCAGUCCCAUCGUGUCGAAGAAGGGUUACUUGCAUUUCCUGGAGCCGCUCACCAAUGGAUGGGUGAAGCGCUAUGUUGUCGUGCGGCGGCCGUACGUCUACAUCUACAACACGGAAAGAGACGCAGUGGAGCGAGCUAUUCUCAACCUCUCCUCUGCCCAGGUGGAGUACAGCGAGGACCAGCAGGCGAUGUUAAAGACCCCAAACACAUUUGCUGUGUGCACAGAACAUCGUGGAAUAUUGCUUCAAGCCACAAAUGACAAAGACAUGCAUGACUGGCUGUAUGCUUUUAACCCGCUCCUUGCUGGAACUAUCAGGUCAAAGUUGUCGAGAAGACGAGCCGGACAGAUGAGGAUGUGAAACAAGACAUUUUAAAAAAUGUCAUGAGAGCAACUCAAAGACUAUGAUGUACAUAGAUCCUUGUCUCUAUCCCGUUUCUCCUGCUGAGCCCCGUCUCCACCGCUACAGUCACCAACAACCAUCUCUCUCCCCCGUACGUUCUCUGUUUAUCACUAGUGUCCUCAGCACCUAAAGCACCCAUUUCCUGUCAGGCCUAUUCUGCGAUGUGAGUCUUAGUCUGAAGAACCUCUUCAAAAACUUGUCACUGUACUGUACUGGAGUUUGUUCAUAGCUGGACGAGAGAAGAAAAUGGAGGGAGUAGCAACAGUUUCUUAUCUCAGAUUACAUGCGUAUGGUAAUGUACUGUAGUUGUUGUCGGUGACACAUCAAGCCUUAUACAUCAGUUCUUUAAAAAAAAAAAAAAAAAAAAGCAGUGACAGGCAUGUUUUCCUAAAGCUGCGAGGAUAACAUUGCUGCAUUUGCAUCAGUAAAUAGAAAAACUCUUCUACAGCUAUAUAUAAAGGUCUAAACUGAUUUGCAUACAACAUACAGCUAAAAAAUAUGAAGGGACAGUCAUGUGUCUCUCUCUUAGGAAUAUUUCUCUCUUCUUUCUGGUCCAUAAAUCCUGAUAUCCAGUAAGCUGCUUCCUCUUCCUAAAACUUCUAGAAACCUUAGCACACACAGCCUGGCACGGGAAUGGCAUCUCAUCAUAAACUUUAUGUCGCUGUAGUAAAUUCAUGUUGUUUUUAGCUACUCGUAGGAGCACUGAGGGUACCUGCAUUCCCACAAGAAGUAAUCAGAUGUCAUGACAUUAAUUCUCCCAUUUUAAUCUCUACCUGUAUUUUAUUUGUUUUAAAAUGUGAUAUAUUUAGAUAUUUAACAGUUUUAUUAUUUAUUUCUGCGUGUAUUUAUUUAAAAAAAAAAAGCAUUUAUAUUUCUAAAGUAGUAGUACAGUGCAAUUUCUGCACACUGCACUUUUUAAUGAGUUCUUUAAAUGUUUAAAUGAUACAACCUUUUCCCCUCGCAAUGAAUAUUACUGAAACAAUUUAAUAACUCGCAGCUUCUUUAUGCUGAAAAUUACUUGAAUAAAUACAAUCUGAUACGCGAUUAGCAUAGUCACAACUUAGACCCAGCUAACAUGCAUUUAAAAUGCCCAGUAAUUAGGUAGAUGAUAUAAGUAGGUGGCCAGUUCAUCCUCUGCUGCACAAAGCUACCUUAUUCAAUCAAAUGAAAAAGAUGAAAUCUUCUUCACAGUACAGAAUAUGAAGCUGUUUUUUUCCUGAAUGAUAUGUAUAUUGAUUGAAUGUAGUGCCUCUCUUUUCAGGCAUACUGCACGCUACAGUAUGCCUCUGCACCAGUUGCUUUGAAACUACAUCCUUCAUGCUGCUAAAAUACUGUUCUGGGAGUGUCUGCAGGUCAUAUCAUCACUUUCUUGCCUUCCAUCAUCAUCAUCAUCGUCAUUUCAAGUCCAAGCAGAAGGUUUCAUUUAUGAUAUCAUAAAGUGUGGAAUUUCCAUAACACAAAGCAUACUCAGAGAAACAUAUUUCAGGAUUUUCACUCAUACAAAUGGCCAUAUUAAAAGGAACCCUGACUAUGACCACAUGUAUAGUUUAUUAUAUUAACAUUAAAAUCACUUAAAACUUAAAAGGGAUGCCAAUAAAUCCACUGUAGAUGUGUUAGUAAUUAAAGAUUUGAACUCGAAUGCUACCUUGGUUAGAAACACUGAACACGUACAAACUGCUGAGCUGAUCGAAUGGUCAGAUUUUCACUUUUUCUGUGAACAGAGUCGUGACCUUUGGUUUGCUUUCAGAGCAGAGGGUUUACUGUCAGCAGCAGCUAUUGUUUCCCAUUUUUCAGGUUUCUUCAAGCUAUUUUGAAUCACUACCCAAAAACAUUUGGACGCCUAUAAAAAGAUUGCUGGAACAGCAUUUAGUUUCAAUGAUCCUUUCCAGCAGUAUUUGUCAGCUUUUUUUUAGUUACUAAAUGCAUUAAAUGCAUUAGUUCUGAGAACCACAGGUUCUUUCUCCUUUUCUCAGCAGCAGGAGAUUAAUGAUCAUGUCUCUUGUUUCCUUACUGCUGGAAAUUACAAUCAAAAGUAGCAGGGAUACUGUUUAUGGUUUGUAUACUGCAGGUUGUUAAAAAGAGCAUUUAGUUUAUGUCACUGACCCAGAAUGCAUUGCAUACUAAUAGUACUUGCAACAGUUUUAUUGAAUGUUGGCUAUUUAAGGCAUAUUAAGGCCCACAAGUUAAAUAGUCGGGGCUCCUUUUACACAGUUUUAGUCCUGUUGGCAAAUUUUUGAUGAAAAUGCAACCAUGCCUCUCGUUUAAAAACCCUCAACAGAUAAAGCGUGUGAGCUGUUGUGAGAAGUUGGACUGAUGAGCGUGCCUCAGGUCAUCCAGCCUAGAGAGCACGCUCAGUGAGAGCAUGACGUGUCAUUUGAGAGUAAGUGAGAGUAAAAUUAAACAUAACUCCAGUUCAGUAUGUUCUUAGUUUGGCUGCUGAUGUAAUACCUUCAUUAACAUCUAAUAAGAAGUAUCUUUCCAGAGGUUUUAAAGUAUUCUGUGUGCUAUGGAAAUCAUCAGUUCAUCGACAGUUGUGACAAAUCAAACAACCAGAAUAUUUUUUUGUAACAAACAGAUUAAAGUGUACUUCAGGCCACCAUAUCUCAAACAUGUUUUUGUCGCAUCUCAUUUCCUAAAAUUCAACGUGGUCAGAAAAACGAAUGCGUGUCCCCGGGUUUGCUCCAGUCUGGUCUCCAUGGUGACUUUUUUCCUCAUGUUUUUAUUGGGCCUUUUAAUGUACAUCACAUUUGAGCCAACCAAAGUUUUAUUGUUGCAGUCACAAAAAUGUAACACUGAAUGUAAACUGAUCUUUGAAAAUACUUACUCUGCUGAAAUAAUCGUUUUGAAUUGUCUUCACAUUCCGGUUCCUUAUUGAUUGUAGGUAGGUCAAUAUCAGGGAACCUUUUGGAGGCUGUGGGACAUAGCUGAAGCAGUCUGUCCACUAAUGUAUGGGAGGGUGGUGGUUCACUGUGUCCCAGCUGGGCAUCAUGUACAGAGUAAUGCUGUAGGUUACCUUACUGUCGAGUUUUCAGUAUCACCGUCAUGCUCUUGGCAGCCUUCACUUAAUCUACUUUUUCUAAACCCUCCCCUUUUCAAGGAACAUCAUUUCCAUUUUUGUGCUUCCAUAUCUUUUUCACACCAUUACUUUUCUUUCUCUUCAGAUAUUUUUUGCAUUGUAUAUAAACAUGAUUGCUGUGAACACUGUAUUAUAAAGUUGCACCCAUUUACAAAUGGGCCGUAGUUCAGUCAAUGUCUCUGAGUGUUGGAGUUUUAGCGUCAGCUGUUUGUGUACACUAAACACAUUGUCAUAUAUGAAAUAAACAUAGAAAAUAUGCAACACAAAAA